CACUAUCGAAGCUGAAGGGGAUGUUCCUGUCGUCGAGAGAGACAAUCUUGCAAGGCUAGCGGUGAGUACAACGAUGCGUACUUCAAGAACAGAACGACGAUGAUGAACGACGAUGACGAACGACGAUGACGACAAUCAUGGCGCAUGUCGAUACCACUGUCAUGCUCUACACUAAUCGAACUGGCUCCCGAUAAGUAUUUAAGAAUUGCAGUCGACGUCAAGCAAUUUAAAGUUUUAGGCGUAAACUAUGAGGCAAUAGCAGAUGUGGAAUCCCAGGAACAAUAAAUGUUUUGAUGCCUUCCUAGGUAACGAGCGUUGUGUGUCUCUGGGUUGAGUAAGUACCAGCCGCAUAUCUGCCCUUAUAAACCUGAGAGCGAAUAGCCAACAUGUAUAUGUUUGCGCCGUACGAGGCCAGCAUCUUCGGAACAGUCAUCUGUACCCCGAUGACGUCAUUUAACCACUUUAGAUCCAGGACCGCAAAGAAAGAAUAUCGGAAUCUAAAAGCGACAACCGAGCCCGAGGAAGACGAACCCGAGGAAGACGAGCUUCUGUUUCGGGAGAUCAUCAACAUUGCGCGUCGGUAUCGAAGAAUUGGCCCGGUUUGGGAGUCUGAUACGGAGGCUUUCGGCAGCACGAUGGGAGCUGAGCGCGGUGGAUAUCUCCGACGCUCGACUCUACAUUGUACCGUGUGUUGCACGAGACCGACCUUUGCGAAAACUCUGGAGAGGUUUCCAAGCUACAACUUGGGUACAUUUGAAGAUGAUCCCGAUGAAGAUCCUAAUAGGCGCUAUUCUCCGAGGAGAUCGCCUACCGUGUGCAGAUCCGACUUGGUCCGUUGCAUGAGACAUGCGGCGCACAAGAUAGCGAAGAUGAAGACAACGAUGAGGCCAAUGGCUCGUCGGAUAUCUCUUUCACUCUCCUGGACAUCCGGGAACACUUGACCUCUACCAGGGACACUCACCCUCGCCUUCUCCGUCACGCAGCCUCUAUCCUCCGUCGACCAUGACUCUGACAGGAGUGUAGAUUCUGUCUGGUCUACACUUUCUGUCGUUGUUUGGAUUCAUGUGGUCAGCUAGGAAAUCUCCAGCUACUCUCACCAUGCUUC